GACGUUGGCGCAGUCAGUUGUGUAUCUAAUCUCGAUGCGAAACAAUGUCCGCGCAAUACACGUUCAUAUUAUAACUGUAAACUACAAUAAUAUUCGCUUUUUAAAGUGUUCCUGAUCUCAAUUUCUGUGUCAUAUAAUCUUGUUAACUACAAAAGAAAUUUUAUAACAUUUUUCAAGCACCGGAACAACAAAAUUUAUGAUGCCGAAUCUUCUGUCUAUGCUGAUAAGUCUGGUAGCCUUUCACACAUCGACCAUAGCCGCGCCUAAUCAGAAUAAACACUCGGUUAUAAAUGAAAACCUUGAAGAUGUCUCUGCAUUUGAUAAUCCAUUUGAACUAUCGGAUAGCAGUAACAAUGAUCCUUCAUCAAUAAUCGAACGCGAAAAACGAUUUUUUGAUAAUAUCUUCCCAACAAUUGAUUUAGUUAAUCGAAGACAACACCAAUAUCAAAAUUAUGAUGGAUAUACGAAUUCAGAAUAUAAUAGAAAUACUGGUGGAAGCGGUGGUGGCUUGGAUUCAUUCUUCAGAAAUCCUUACGAUCUCUGGCUAGAAUUGUUAUCAAAUCGACGAUCUCCGCCCAUUGUUCUCCCAAUUUUUGUUCAACCAAUAACAUGUGUAUGUCCCGCAGUGAACACUAAUUCGCCGCCAACUAAAGAAAAAGAACCAAUACCGCCUUCAACUAAUGGACCGCCAAUUGUUAAUCAACCAGAUUUAACAAAUAGAUUCAAUCCUGUAUCAGAUGAAGAUGAUGAUGGAAGACGGCCUCUUUCCUUCAAACCUGUAGCGCCUAAGCUGCCUCCGAGUCAAACACCACCACCCUUUGAACAUGGCAGUGUCCAAGAAGGUAUUGAACCACCAAGCGCAAAUAGCCCUUUUCAAGAAUCGGAACUAUCCAAACCUCUACCUGAUAUAGUAGCUUCUUCACAACCAGAAGCACCAGCCGUAAUGCCAAGUAUCUGCGACGGGGCUAUAAUAGCUUGCUGCUUUCAAACGAAUAUAGGAAAUUGCUUUGAACGUCAGGGUUGUUCAGAACCUGCUUUCAGCGACCCAUGCGAUCCGCCUGUCGUUUUAAAAGUCAUAGAAAACUUUCAAAGGUAUUACAAACAAAGAGGAAUUGUAAAAACAUUCUAUUAGUCACUUUAUAAGUAAAUAACGAAUGUGUUCCCUUAGUUCGCUUUUUAAUUUAAGAUCAAUUAAUAUUUUGAUACAAUAAAACAGAACAAAAUUGAUUAUAUGUAUAACAAAUCGUUAACAUAUGAUUCACGACAAUAGCUUUGUUAACGGCAAUAAAUUUCAUAUCUGUAUAUACUCUACUAACGUGAUGCUAUGUUCCUAAUUAUAUAUUUAAUGAUAAACAACAAACUUGGUAGCUACAAUAUUAUAUUGCUGGUGUAAAUAAAAGGAUACAUGUGUUAUGUUUGAUUCAUGAUAUAUUUAAUAAUUAAUUGAAUAUGUCCUGUGGUUUAUUUAAUAUGAUGUCUGGAGCAUAGAAAAUUAUACAUGUGGGAAUAUUCAUAAGGAAAAGAUCCGGAAGCCGUUCAUAAUAGGGCAGUAUCUUGUGUUUAUUUUAUUUUCAGAAGGUAAUUAAAAUACAUAUAUCUGAAAUGGAUCAAACGAAGAGUUUAUUGCAAAUAUAAUAAUCAUUCAUUAUGUUUGAGGUAUCUCUGAAUUCUGCUAAUGCAACGGUCAAACGAGCUCGAAGGUGGGACAACAACUGUCAAAUGAAACAAGCAGAUUAUCUCUAGUUAUAACUUUAAAUAUCAAAAAUAUACAUCUUUAUUAUAUAUUAAGGAGUUAAGUCAUAGUAGGCGAUUAUUUAACUCAAUAAAAUGUUCUUGAAUGUUUGUUAUUUACUAUUUAUAAAAAUAUAAUACUCGUUGUUAUAGGAUAAAUAAGUUGCAUUUAAUAUUAUUUAAAAUUAAGGCAACUUUCAUAUCUCGGUCAUUAGACUUCAUGCGAACAAAACAGUACAUUAAAAUGUAUAUAGUUUUUAGUACAAAUAUACGCCUAGAUAAUAAAAACAAUACUUUUAAUUGA